UUCUCUGAUUUGUAAUAAUCGCAAAGUCGAAAGAAAAGACAUUGUUCUGGAAUAAAUAACUUUUAACUCAUAAAUGUUUUAUAUAUAAUACAGAUGUGUACUAUUUUUAUAGAAUAUUAAAUAUGUGUUCUUAACACAAAAUAAUAUUAGUUAUUGUAUCACUUAAUUAUGACAAUUACUUUUCAUAUACGAAUUUGUUGUCACAAAUACAGAACAUAGUCUGUGAUGUAACGUCCCAUUCAACGCGGUAGAUUUAAACGUUGACAACGGCGUAGCUGCAAAUGCGCAGUGACAAACAAUAAAGUACGUUCCAUAUUAAACUUUAUUAAUCGAAGUUUAACCAAAAAUUUAAGAUCCACAAUGUAUCAGCAUUAUUUAAGUGAUUAAAAUUAGAUUUAGGAAUUUGUGGCCUAAUAUAUUAAUCAUAUUUUUAUGUUUCGGUUAUGUAAUGCCAAUAAGCAACGAUAAAACUACGCGGAUAAAAACGGUAGCCUUUGAUAUAAAAGGCAUAAAAAGUAUAUCAACAGAAUCUACUUGUAAGGCAAAUGUUCAAGAAGGUAAUCAAUUCUUGACUAUAGCACCUGCUUUACCAAUCUUACCUGGAGCACCUAUUCCACCAAAACUAUCUAAACGGUAUUAUAAUUCAUUUAGUCUAGCAGAUUCUCCAUUUAAUACAGAGAAUGCUAAAGUUGAAGGUUCUAAUACAGUCGCACUGCAAUGGACAAGCGAAGGAAAGACUAUGGUUGCAACAAGAACAGUUGCAGAGAAAGAAAGAAGUCCUGAUAGGAUAUGCCUUGAUAGAAGAGGUCUUACUACAUUUCCAAAUAUAGUUGCAGAACCACGUUUACGUUUAUUGUCUCUCCAGCAUAAUCUACUUACAAAGAUUGAGAACUGCAAUUUUUCUCACUUAAUAAAAUUAGUAUUUCUUGAUUUAUAUGAUAAUCAAAUUGAAAAAAUUUGUAAUUUUGACAUGUUAGAAAAUCUAAGAGUGUUAUUAAUUGGAAAGAAUAGGAUAAAAAGAAUUGAGGGUUUAAAACAGCUUUCUAAAUUAGAAGUUUUGGACCUUCAUGGAAAUCAAAUACUACAAGUAUCGGACUUGGAAAAUCUUGCAUCCUUAAAAGUACUUAACUUAGCUGGAAAUAAUAUUAAAGCGAUAGGUUACCAUGAUUUUCAAGGUUUAACAUCACUUAAAGAGUUAAAUCUCAGACGUAACAAAAUCAAGAGAUUAUUAGGUUUUGGUGAAACACCACAAUUACAAAAGUUAUAUUUAAGUAAUAAUAAUAUUCAGAAAAUUGAGGACAUGGGAUGUCUAGCAAAGGCAUUACAACUUAGAGAAAUAACAAUAGAUGGCAACCCUGUGACUUUGAAUGGAGACUAUAUUUCUUUCCUUGUGUCAUAUUUAUCAAAUUUACAAUUCUUAUCUACUAUGCCAGUUACCGAACAAAUUCGAAGAGUUGCCAUGGCCUGGAGAACAACUAAAGAACAAAGUAGUUCUACUUUUUUAAAUCUCAGUGCACAAGUCUGUAUGAAUGUUCGCAGAGAAGAGAUUAUAUCAAAUGCUAAAAUAAAUUGGGAACUUCUCAGAUGUCAUUCUAAAUCCUCUACAGAUAAUAAUGGAAACAAUAUUCGAAACAAUAAUAUUGGUUUGGUACAAGUUCAGAAAUCAAAUAAGUUUAAUACAUUAAAACCUAAGAAUCUAGAGAAAACAAAGUCAAAAGGCUUUGGAAGUUUGACUUCAAUAAAUGAAAAUAUAGAAGCUACAAAAAUAAAUAUUAGAAAAAGAAGUAACUCUAGUGAUAAUUUAUUUAGACUAAAGGAUACAACUAAAACAUAUCCAUUAGAAUUUAAAUUACCUCCUAUUUUAGGUUCUAUUGUAGAUAAUUUAAUUAACAAUAAAUUUGAUGAAAAAACCGAUAAAAAUAGUAAGAGCUCAACAAAACCAAAGACUAUGAUUAAUGCUGAAAGCGAGUCAAACAGUGACUCAGAAAGUUUAGAGAGCCAUGAAAACUUAAAGAGUUGCCUGAAAUCUCAUCUUUUAAAUUCUAGCAAUUACAUUUCUCCCCGAGAUGUUAGUAAAUUUAAUACUGAGAAAGUAUUUAAUCCUAUAAAUAUUUCUUCAACUACAUCAACUGCCAUCAAUGAUACCCAAGUAUUAAAUGAUGAAGAUUUGACACAAUUAUCUCAAAAUAUAAAACUUCAUGAUCAGCAUGGUACAAAUGAUGGUCAAUCCAAAUCAAGCGUUGGUUCCUCUGGCUAUUUUUCAUUAAGUUCCAAAACCAAUAGCAUAGAUAGUUGUAAGUCAGUACUGAGUGAUUCCAGUACAUCAUCUGCUGCUAAGAAUAUAUUAUUGAAGUGUAAAAAUUCAGAAAAAGAUAAGAUAAGAAUAAAGAGUGCUCAGGUAAAGAAAAUAGUAACUUACAAAAGUAAUAGAGCAGCAACAGCUAGAGCUAAAUAUAGAGCUUUAACACCAUCGAGUCCGCCACCGUUGCAAAAUCCACCAAAAGAAAGAGAACAAGGAGGAGAUUAUUUAAUAGAAAUUGUUGGCAGAUGCUUAAAUGUUUAUGGUCAAGGUGCAUUACGUUUUAUUGACAAGCCAUGGGAUUGUUCAAAAGCUCAAGAUGUUAAUGUAGUUAAAUUCAAUUAUGUACAGUUCAAUGAUGUGGCCAAAGUUUUGUGUAAAGUAAAAAAUAGAUUUCCAAACAUAGAACACUUUAUGUUUAAAGAAACUAACAUCAGUUACCUUGGACAACUCAAUGCUUUAGCUGAAGUACAGGGAUUAACAAGCAUUCAUAUAGAAAUCGGGAAUCCAAUUAUAUCAAAGGACUGGAAAAUGUAUGCUAUAUUUCGUUUAGCACAUUGGGGACUCAAAGUUAUUAAUGGAAAAGAAAUUACAAAUGAGGAAAUUGAGUUAGCAAAUAAGGAAUAUGCUGGUCUUGUUGAUAUCGUGAUGCGUUCACUGCCAGAAUCACUAUUGCAACCUUUAUUACAGAGACUUCGUUUAGAGAAAGUGCAAAGACAAAACGGAGAACAAAUUACUGCCAAACAAUUUUUACUCAACAGUGAUCCAGCUCUUAGAAGCGUUGUCGCCAAAGAGGCGUUACAAUGGAAAAAAGGAAGCGUAACACAGGAAGAUCUUAUUUGGAGACAUAGAGGGAAAUUGCAUCUGUUAAGUUUAAUUAAUCUCACUGUAGAUGCAAUACAGAAGUUACAGUUACUUGAAAAUAAAUGGCCAAGUAUUUUGUGCGAUAUAAUUCACACUACUUUAUACGAUUUUUCCGAAAUGGACGCGUACAUGAAACGUUGUAGCGAAACACUUGAAAGUGACAAAUGAUGCUCCGUUAGACUUCAUUUUCUCGGUUAAAGUAGUGUAAAUAUAUAACGUAAUAACACACAGUCCUUAAUAUGUGUUCACAUUUAUUUAGUUUAUUUUUACACUGACUACAGGGUAUGUUGUAUCUGUAUAUUUGUUAUUUAAAUAUGUUUAAUGCGUUUAAAGAUUUUUCAACGAUAACAAUAACGUAUAAUGCUUCAGUUUUUAUACAAUAUUACACAAUUAUGCAGUAAAUAAGUUUAUCGCGAUGUUAAUGUACAAUAAUGUAUUUUAAAUAUAUGUAAUGCAUUAGCAAUUGUCUAACUUAAACGUGAUAUGCAAUAAUAGAAGCACUGCAGACUUAAAAAGACAACUCUUAAAAAAUUGUUCAUGCUUUGGUUUAUUCUAUAUAAGUAAUUAAGCUUAGAUAAAUCAGAAAGGUGAGUUCUAUUUACAAUAAUGACGUGCGAUCUUCAGCUAAAAAUAAAUCAGUCGUUUCAUAUCACUUUGUUCCGAUGAUAGAUUCUACGCUAAACGAAAUUGUUGAUUUCUUCUCCAGGCAAGAUUCAGCGGUGGCCGUAGAGAUAUCGCUGAGAUCCGUGACGGCGGAAGUGAAGUUAUUAAAAUUCUUCUUAAUCUUCCGCGGCUCUGAAACAUUUUCGAACCACGGAAUCGCAGAAUAUGUGGUUGGAACAGAUUUUAAUUUCUUAGGUGCUUCAGAGUUCUGCUGAUCAUGGGACAAACCAUUCAACAAAGGCGUGUCUGCGCAUUUCCAUUCGUUCUGGACUGCAAAUUUGUAUAAAUUUCUAUAAAUUUGUAUAAAAGAGUGCUUUACAUUCUGUCCCUUAUUAAUACAAAGGAUAGAAAUUAGAACAAAGGGAUUACUGGUCAACGCGUAGUUAACUUCAAUUGAAUUCAAGGUGAAACUGAAUAAUGAAAGGUAAACCGUGAAUCGCCUUUAAUCCGUAAAAUCCUUGUGUCACGCUAAUGCUGGUCUGCGUGAAAUGCAAAUGAUGACGCUGAAAGUUCUUUGUUCUGCGGCAAACAGGAUUCUGCUCGGUUUUCAAUAGAUACGGUGAAGCGGAAGCAUCUAGGGGCGUGUGACACAUCGCCGGGACGUUUUCACCAAAAUAAUUCCCUUGGGCCUGCUGUUGUCUUCUCAGCGCGACCUGCGCUGCCAUCACGCGUUGUCUUUCCACCACGAGCAAACAACAGGGGCAACGGCAAUCCUUCCACGCGCACGACCGUUUGUGGCCUUUCAGACCGGAAAUCACGCCGUGGUUUCGACAUCUAGCACACUUUGGACUCCUUAGACGUUGUUCCAUAUUGGAGUUCAUUUGACCGGAACCGCCGUUCUCCGUCUUCAUCUUAUAGUAUUCCUCGAGCAAUAUUAUCCUUUGAACUGUUUGUUAAUUAUCAACGAACUACGGGCGUCCUGAAUUUUACAAUUCUCCUAGAGUAGUCCGUCCGUUGUCAAUGGUGCUGCUUCAAUUCGUUAAACUCAUCGGAGUUGACGUAACAAAGAAUAUAGUGCUGUAUUCCAUCUUUGCACUGACUGGUCACUUCACCGUUGAAACAUUGAUUCCACGCGUAGAUAAUUGUAAAUCUCUCUGAAGAAGAUACGCAGUGAAACCAACGCGUAGAAUACUGCACGUAAGUCCUACUGGUUCGCCAAAGAUAACACUCUCCGAAAUUGCUGUUCAGCUUUCCGCACGUCGAAGCGGCCGCUGCAGCGAGUGCACUGUCGAAUGAGUUAUAUACUUAGAGGAAUCUUUUUCCUGGCGUGAAGGAGGUGUCAUCCUCAUCUCCUCCUACCGAUUCAAAGUGUAUUUUUAGAGAAGAAACAGCCCGGGAUUGGCUCCGUACCCGAAGAAACGCCGCCACCCUCGUGGACUGAAAGCCAAUCGAGAAGAACCAGAGCUCUCUUGAUCUUCUUGUUUUCAUAGCGUUGUAUCAUCCUCGUGAAAAAAGGUGAAGAUCUUCGUUAAGCGAGCGAUUUCUUUGAUUACCGGCCCCCGUGACGGAAACGUAUCGAUCUUCCGCAGGCGGAUCCGACGCGCUGGUAGUCGUUUCGACGUGAAAGGGGACGAGAUUUAUCGUGCUUCAUGCUUCACGGUAAACCGAAGCACUUGCGCCAGCGAGACCAUGCGGAAUUCAUUGAUUCGUCGGUUAAAAUGAUCUUGUUAUGUUCGAGGAAUUUUUAAGACCAGAAAUUACAACGCUAUUGUAUUUCUAUAAUCGUUGUACUGUUCAUCAUUGUACACGUGUAGAAGAAUUUUAGUUGUUUCUUUGCGUUGAUCUGAUUAAUUCUCGAGGAUCGAGGAACCGCUAUAACAUUCGCGGCCAUUUGUAAUCUUCGAUAGAGGAUCCGUGCGACUCGCCGCGACGCUGAAACCUUUGAGACGAACAGAGUUCUCGGUGAAUAAAUAACGAUGGUGGUCCAAGGUAGAUCUUCUUCGACGGUUCCGUGAAAGAGUAAUAUAAACCGGACGCUUCCGCUCCGAGUAUAUAGAUUUUCAGGCAAAACAAGGGUGGGACAUAACGCACGGCGGGCCGCGGCACUUAAGAGCCGGUCUUCUGAAAGAACACUCAUACGUUAAGAAAACAUACUCGAAACUAAUAUUAACUGUGCGUUGGCAACAUCCGAGCGGAUCGUAUUAACGAGCUCUUAGAGCAAGAUCACAGAAAGAAUGCCAUGUGGCCGCAGCUGGCGGUGUGUACCGUUGUUAGUCCAACGAAACUCUGUCUUCUAUUUUUGCAGUACGCAAUAGAAUGGGAAAGGGUGUAGAGAUUGCAUUGCGCAUCGAUACUUCUAUAAUAUACUGUAUUUUUAGUUGAACGGGUUCAGGCACCGAUCUCGAUCCUCAAAUACUUGGAUCUUGAAUUUUCAUUGAGUAGAUAUCGUACAGAAAUAACGGUGAAUUCAUUCCAACAAGGUAACAAUGUAGCUUAACACGUUGACUGCCACGGUGGUCAUCGAUGACCGGAAUCUUCUAAAUGAAAUGAAAACAAUUCUAAUUUAUAAGAUAACAAACGUCGAAUGUAAAUGUUCAAAAGUGUAAAUAACUAGGUAAUACUGUCACAUAAGAAUUACGAUGCAAAUACUGAUUUUUCCUGUUUAAUUGUGCUACGAAAAAAUAAGUGAUGCUGGAGUUCUUCGUGGCAGUCAACGUGUUAAUUCCAAUAUACCUUCUCAUCAGUUUUGUCAGUCGAUAUCAAAGAUCAUAAAAAACUCCAUGGACAACAUAGUUGAGGAAUGAAAUGAAAAGCAGAGAGAAUAGGCAAUUGUAUUAUUCUUCCAGUUAAAAAUCUACUUAGCAUGAUACUUAACAUCCACCGACGGUGUUAAUUAGUUCCGGCUCCAACAGGCUUAAUUAUGGCGUUAACACGGUUGAUUUAUGGAAACAUCGUUAACGGUCGCGAUCGGAUGUUCCGUUCUUUCCACGGGAAACGUUAACUGGCAGACGACGAUUUUUUCCGGUGUGCGACGAAAGAAAGAACGAUCGGGGAAGUUUAAAUUUACAUUCGGCUGGUAGGCACGCGUGAAACGCACCGAGGAAUUUGCCCUAAUGAGUGCGGAACGAAGGGGUGUCAUUGUAGACGUUUCCUCCCCCUUCUCCCAUCGUUCGGGACAGCUUCGCUCGAGGGUGUUGUCACUACGGCAAAUAUGUUGACAGGUCAUUCAACAUC